AUGGACCGAGCUACUAAUCCCAAACAAAAGGAAUGGUUCAGGACUCUGCUCAACAAACCUGAGGAGGACCUAUUUGAAUUAGAUGAUUCUUAUUUCACAGAAUCCAACUCUGGAGAUGGUGCGGAAGAACAAGGUCAGGAUACAAGUAGAAACAGCGAUAAGCAACCAAACAAUAAUACAAGCAAUGUUUCCAACCAGGAGAACAGAUAUGGAGAAAAGAUGGAAAACAGUAAACGGAAAUACAGCGGACGUCAUAUACUUGGGAUUUACGGGGUUGCCUGGACACGUGCGGAAAAAAAACCCACAACUUAUGUCCUCGUUAAGUGGAACAUUAAUGGGAAAAAGAUAAAGUCCUGGGAGACGCGGAGCUAUAUUCGACGAUUGUGGAAAAAGUCAGACAAAGCAGACCAGGCUAUUCACAAUGCGGCGGUUAAGGCCGAGAACAGAUAUAGGAUGGCCCAGGGCUGGGGGCGUUUAAGCAGCCGGUCGCCGUCUGUCAGCCUUAUUCACGAUACAGUUGAGCAAAAGCGAGCGGAAUCCCUAAAUCCGGUCUCAUCAGCUCAGGAACACGUUAAAACAUCAAGUCAGACGGCCGAUCCCACUCCGGCAGAUGCUUCGAUCGCCCAACUUCUUGCAAUGCUUCCGGCUUCCAGAGGUACAGUUGCGAAACACACGGCAUCUAUGCAUCCAGUCGCAUCGGCCCCUUCCCGUGGCAUGACAUCGCCCAGUCAAGCACCCAAUCGACUAGCUAAUUUCAAUCCUACAGAACUAAUUCCCAUAUUCAAUCAGUUCCUCAACUUCAUGCAGUCCGCUCAGGCCUCUACCCCCGCUGCGCUACCCAUAUAA